GCGCGAGCCGCUUCCUGUGGUUUGCCAUUUUCGGCUUUUUGACAGAGCUUCGGUUCGCUUUUCUUCUUCUGUCUGUUUGUUUAUUUGUUUGUUUUUAACCGGUAUAAUUUAUAUUAAUUAGAGUUCGGUUAUAAAUGGGAACGUUAUCACUGUACUUUCUGUAGAAACGUAUAAAUAUAGUUAGUGAGCAGAAUAAGUGUUAGCCGUUUGCUAGCGGCAUUGUUAGCAUUGCGGAAGGGGUUAGCCUAGCCUAGCUUAGCUUAGCUUAGCACUUUAAUUAACAUUGGUGUUGGUGUGAAUGAGGAGACACAUGUAUAUUUGUGUCUAGGAGAAAGACAGACGAGUGGGUUUUUGUGCGAUACUUUUAGGGUUAGGUGUGUGUGUGUGUGUGUGUGUGUGUGUGUGUGAGAGAGAGAGAGAGUGUGUGUGUGUGUGUGUGUGAGAGAGAGAGUGUGAGUGAGUGAGUGUGUGUGUGAACAUUGUUAAAAGUUGAUUGUACAUCACGGAGCAGUUUAUUGAGCUCAGUAUGAGUUAUAAACCCAUCGCUCCAGCUCCUGCAGGCUCUAAUCACACACCUCCAGGGUCUUGUGGCUCGUCUCCGUCUCUACCCUCGGCCUCCACCUUCAGACCGGUGUUCAGCGACUUCGGUCCACCGUCCAUGGGCUUUGUACAGCCUGUGAAAGUGUCUCAGGGCUCAACCUACAGCGAGCUGCUGUCUGUUAUAGAGGAAAUGAGUCGAGAGAUCAGGCCCACAUACGCCGGCAGUAAAAGUGCCAUGGAGAGAUUGAAGAGAGGAAUCAUCCACGCCCGAGCGCUAGUGAGAGAGUGUCUAGCUGAAACCGAGCGCAGCGCUCGCACAUAACACACACCACUCUUCUCCAUCUCUCUUAUUCUCACACACACACACAGACUUUUACACACUUCUGUUCCACAUAAUUGCUUUUGUAAUUUCAAACCUUUUGCAGUUCCGUAUUUAAAUGCAAAAAAAAAAAAAGAAUAAAAAUCCGGUUUUACAAUUAAA